AUGUGCGAUGAAAUCGUCCCGAGGAGCCAAACCGGCGGCAUUCCCUACGCCGACGAAGAUGCGGAUGUCGCUUCAUGGCUUACGGGGUUGACGAACGCGGAGGCGUAUUCACGAGACGUGCAGAGCUUCACGACCUUCCGUGCUUCCGGUCCGUCGGGGAUCGCAAGGCGGGAAUUGCCCGGCGCGAUGUCGGAGUCGCCUAAGCAGCGUCACACGAGGCAAUCGUCGUCCGUCCUCCCGAAGAGGCACGAGGGGGCAAGAAUCGAGGUCGAGAGCGCGCUGCAGCGCUACGAGAACGCGCUGCUGAAGUACCAGAAACCGAAGCUACGGCCCAAACGACAGAUCAGUCGAGAGCGCCAGCAGCAGAGCAACAACUGUUCGAGCAGCGACGAGAGCGUCGCGAGGAACAAAUCGAAGAGCACCAGUUCGAUCGACACUCAGUCAGUGAACAACAUCUUGGACGAGUACGAGGAUCUAGAUUACCGUCGUUCGUCGGAGCUGAGCGACGUCGGUAGCAUCAGCGUGACGAACUUCGAGGCGGUGAUGAUGGAUCAGCAAAAGCGACAGAGCAAGUCGACGAAGAUUCAGCCGGUGCUGAAGGUGAACCAACAGACCCAGGUGAGACAACGGUCACGGGACAGGCAGGAGACGACGGUCGAGAGCGGUCGCACGAAGAUGCCCGAGAUUCUGCUGCGCAAGGGCGAGGUACAGAAGCGAGUGGACGAGUGGCUGAACCAAGCGCAGAGUCAAAACUUCCCGGCGACUCGCGAGAAGCCGCUGACGCGGUCCAACAGCAGCGCCGAGCAGAAGAGCCAGCGCAGGUACCACUCCAGGUCGAACGACGAGGCGAAGGAGCGGCUGAACGGCGGCGCCUCGUCGAGCUACGACGACCUGAGCCGCGUGGAUCGCAAGGCGGACAAGGUGAACAAGAUCGUCUACAAGGAGUACUUAGCCGUGAAGAACAGGCACGGGGGUUCCGGCCCAGCUUCGAGGAUCCCGCAGAGACGCGCCGAGGAGACGCUCGAAGAGCGGAAUGGCCGGUCGAGCAGGAUGACGAAUUUGGCGAGGGGCGAUCGCCUCGCUACCGUCGCGUCGAUUAUUCCCUGCAGGAGGCCGUCGUUGAAGCGCUCCGAUCAGAGCGCAGCGCGGCGCGUUAAGGAGGAGACGGCGAAGGGCGACCAAGGCGAGCCGAUCUCACCAAAUAAGGACGGAGAAAGUAGGCGGCCCGCCGAUAAAGCGGUCGAGGCGGUCCGCUGUAAAUCGACGGAAGCGCCGAGGUGCGCCGAGCAUCCUCGAGACUCGACGGAGAGCUCGCGACGCCGGCUUCAGACGGCCGACGUCCGCAGAGAGGCGAAAAUCGAUCGGCGGGAGAUCUACGGCGCGGUGGGUGCUCGAGUGCGGGCUUUUCAGGCGGAGCAGAGCCGAACGUCGAGCUUCAAGCCGAACGACCGAGCCUACACCUCGGCGAGUCUGAACGAACGGAAUGUCGCAAGGUCUAAGGCGCGCGGUUACGCCAGCCCGGACCACGUCGAGAGGAUCUAUGAGCGCGCUCUGCAGCCGCAGGUGAUCCACGCGGACGACCUCGAGUCGGUGCUCCGGCCGGCGCUGCAGAUGUCGGCUUACGGCGAGAAAGCCAGGGAAGGCCGGCAGUCGCCCGUGAAGGCGCUCGAGAGCGAGCUGUUCGAGUCGCGGCAUCCCGAGCAUCUCGAGACCAUCGAAGAGGAUGAUCGGAAAAGCGAAAGUUCGGCCUGCAGGUAUCCCGAGAUCGGGCUCAAGCAGUGUCUGAAAGUGCAGCAGAACGGCAGGAUCAAGUGGGACCGACAGCAGGUUGACGAACCUGCCAGGACUUUCGCCACCUUUCGCCAGGGUGGCGCGCCGUCCCGAUCUUCGGAGAUGAUCGAGGAAGUCGGAAGCAAGCCGACGAUGGACCGGCUGACGAUCCAUUCGCGAGAGAAUAGCGAUCUGUCCACCGUCCUCGCGAUUCCUUUGGACGAGUUGUUGGAAAGUCAAGAGGACUCGAACAGGUUUCAGAUUGGCGAGAAGGAUCGAACGAUCGAAGAGCUCGCGAAGGAUGUGGACCGCGGUGCGGUGGUUAGCGAGGUUCUUGUUAAGAAUCUGCAAUUCCAGCAGGAUCUGCCGGGGGACUCGGCUGAGCAACCGGAUCUGCAGCAAGUGAGUUCUCACGAUGUGUUGUGCGACGAUUAUGAAAAUGACGGCAAACGGAAGGAUAGGAAGAUGUGCUUGACGAAGGAGCAAACGGAUCAUCAGAGAUUAAUAGCUGUGCUGAAGAAAGGCGACUUCGAGAUGCUGAAAGUGGUGAGUGCUCUGCGAUAUUUUUCAUUCCCCAGUCGAGAUUCCACAUCGAGUCUUCGAAGGUAA